AUGGGUGUUCGAUAUCGCUUUAGACGUGAAGUAGCACCGAAUGAUGAAAAAUCGUCUGGCGGUGUUGAUGAGGCCGGCGAUUAUUAUGAUGACCCAACGGAAUCUGACUUAACGACAUUUUCAACAACAGUGGUAACAUCAACAGAUAAUCAAUUUGAUAAAGCAAAACAACAUGCACAAGAAGCAUUGAAAUUAGCAAAAAAAUUACCAAGUAUGUUUAGUUAUUAA